AAUGUGAUAUGCUCUUCGGUCGGACUUGGGAAGUUGGAAGUUGGAAGUUGGGACUUCACAGCCCCACCGUCCCCCACCACCGGACCCGCCGCCGGAAUCUCAUUCGCUCACCACCACCACCACUGGCACCAACACCUUUGAAGCAUUUGAUCUCCAUCAUCUCACGCUUCCCCGUCUCUCUCUCUCUCUCUCUCUCUCCUCUUUAUCUUUCUAUCUACUUCUCUUCCUCAUAAGUGGAACUAUCUAAUUUUAAUCUCUCUAACUUCCAACUAAACCAGACCCUAAAUCAUGACCCCAACAAACGAUUAGCUCAUUAAGAUUACUGAGACGCUGUGGAAGAACCCAUAUGAUAUAACCUCUACUGCUCUGCUGGUUCUGGGCCCCUUACUCUGUAGAAGUAGAACCAACAAAAGUUCCAAAUGCCUUCCUUUAUCUCCAGUGUCUAGUUGGGACUUAGGCGCUUGGAGAGCUGAACCGACGCUGCUACAGUAAAGAACAGCCCAUGAAAGAUGGCUACCAGGGGGAGCAGAACCGAAAAAGUGAAGAGAAUCUUCCAGCAAUUCGAUGUGGACAAAGAUGGAGGUCUUAACAGGGAAGAAAUGGCCGCGCUCGUCGUCGCUGUUAACCCUAGGGUUAAGUUCAGUGACGAGCAGAUCAGUGCCAUCCUCGACGAGGUCUUCCGUACUUAUGGUGAGUUUAUCGAUGGUGAAAAGGGUCUUAGCUAUGGGGGCCUUCUUCGUACCUACGAUGAUGGUGCUGGGGAUGUGGAUCGGGACUUUGAUGCGCUCGGUCUCGAGCUCAAUUCUGACUCUGACAAAGCUAUGGAUAUGGGUUCUGAGGCAUCUUCCUCCUCGAUUGCCGACGAGAGGGUGGAGCCUCACAAGAAGCAGACGACCGCUGCCUGGGCGGCUUCCCCGAAUCAUGGGGUCGUCUUCGAUGAUACGUGGAAGCUCAUCGAUGAUUUGGAGAUUCUGGUGAAGAGGCUCAAAGCGAAGCAGGCCAAGGAUGGGAUGAUGAAGGGGGAUAGCGUUGAUGUCUACUCCGAUGCCGGCUGGUCCACGGAAUUGGGACCUUCUUCGGACCUUUCGGAGAGAAGGGUCUUCUGGGACGAGUCCGGCCAUGACUAUGCCGCGUUUGUGAAGGAGUUGGGUGUUUUGAGAAGCAGAGCGGAUGGCGCGAGGUCCAGAGAAGAAGCUUUCGAUGGGCACAAGGCGAUCGGUCGGGUCUUGUACGACCACCAACUGUUCAAGGAAGCUCUUGUGAGCUUCAAGCGGGCUUGCGAGCUUCAGCCGACCGAUGUCAGGCCACAUUUCAGGGCUGGUAACUGUUUGUACGUUCUCGGGAGACACACAGAGGCCAAAGAUGAGUUCCUGUUGGCACUUGAGGCUGCCGAGGGCGGUGGGAACCAAUUGUCUUACCUUCUUCCCCAAAUUCAUGUUAAUCUUGGGAUUUCCCUCGAAGGCGAAGGUAUGGUUUUAAGUGCUUGCGAGCAUUACAGGGAAGCUGCAAUCUUUUGUCCCACCCACUUCAGGGCUUUGAAGCUUCUUGGCAGUGCGCUGUUUGGGGUGGGAGAGUAUAGGGCGGCCGAGAAGGCACUGGAGGAGGCCAUUUUCUUGAAACCGGACUACGCAGAUGCACAUUGUGAUCUUGGUUCGGCUUUGCAUGCUAUGGGAGAGGAUGAGAGGGCAAUUCAGGAGUUUCAGAAGGCCAUAGAUUUAAAGCCUGGGCAUGUGGAUGCUUUGUAUAAUCUGGGAGGGCUUUAUAUGGAUAUAGGCAGGUAUCAGAGAGCUUCAGAGAUGUAUACCAGGGUUCUGGCUGUCUGGCCUAACCAUUGGAAGGCACAGCUUAACAAGGCUGUGUCUUUGUUGGGAACCAAUGAAGCUGAAGAAGCCAGGAAAGCACUAAAAGAAGCUUUCAAGAUGACAAAGAGAGUUGAAUUACAUGACGCUAUUGUUCAUUUGAAGCAGUUGCAGAGGAAGAAGCUCAAGGGUAAUGGUGGUACUGAAGGAGAGAGCGCAUACAUUGUAGUGGAUCCAUCAAAGUUUAAGAAAGUGGGAAGGAAGACUACCCUGAGACAAGACUUGGUCAGUGCUCUUGAAAUCAGGGCUUUCCAGAGGCUCACCAGGUUGAAUCGUUGUGACGUUGAACUUUUGAAGAAAGAAAUGAAUGAAACAGAAGUUCCAAUUUCCUAUUCUGGUAUCGGUAUUCCUGAGAGAUCUAUCCGCAAGGCUACAUUGGAGGAAAUUCUCCGUAGAUUGCUUAAUUUCUUGAAGCCUGAGACCUUCCAAGGAGCGGUCAAAGCUAUCAAUGAGAGGAUUCUUUCUGUGUUGGAUGAUUCAGGCUCUGGUAGGGUGGAUUUGGGCAUGUUCUAUGCUGUUCUUGCUCCCAUUUGUAGUGGCCUUGCUGAAAGACGCAAGAGGGUUGUCUUUGAUUCACUCCUGUGGCGACCUGUGAACGAAGGUGGAGUUUAUAUCAAGAAAGCUGACGCAGUUAAGUACAUCAAAAUGUUGAGAGCUAUCUAUAUUCCUUCCAAUGGG